AUGGCAAUCGGCAGCCAGACCGAUCUGUCUCUAACCGAGAUACGCUUCCUUCAUCGUGAUGAGACCUGCAUGAAGAAACGAUCCGGAGACAUGCAUCCAGCUCUCCACGUCCCGUCUGCACAGCAGCAGCAGCAGCUCAUCCUCACCGGGAGGGGUAGCUAUCACGCCGAAAGCCUCACGGAUGCUGGCAUUCUCGACGCGAUCUCCCGUCUCUCCUCAUCAUCAUCGUCAGAGCUGAGUGGCCUGGAUGGCGUCGCGCGACCAAGCUAG